AAUCAGUUGGAAGCUUUCAGGUGACUAAUUGCCACACUAAUAUCACGAUGGCUCUUUUAGGGCCUUGGUGUGUUAGGUUUGUGGAUAACCAGUGGGUACACACGUCAACAUUGGCUACUUCUUUGAACGAAAAAAUGCCUUCGAUUCGCGACCAUAUAACAAAGAACGGGGUUCAUUUAUUCAUCCAGCUGAAGCAACACCGCUAAUCGCCAAACGUGCCUUUAAGUGCGAAGAGCGGAUAAAUUUAUUACUUCUAUUGAUAGUAUUGAUGACCUGAUAAUAAAUAGCCCUACGUCUACCUAUGACUAUUUCACCUCCUGGAAUUGGAAGCUUCAUGGAUCUUAAAGUUUUCAUCGAAGAGGAUGAGGAUCCUAAUACGAAUCAAUGCGGAUGAACCAGUGAAAGAGCCAAUAGUGUUGACGAAAGAUGAUCGAUCAGUCCAAGGAUUUUUUGCACUUUGGGUUAAGUUUUGUUAUCAAAACCGCACACAGGAGCGUAUUUAUCAUCGCAUAGUGCGUCAGUACACAGCAAUGUAUCGUGACGAAAACAAUAGCUUUAUCGUGAUGACUAUCGACCCCAGAGGAAGUAACACAAGAUGACGUGACAAUCACAGCAACAAAUGUGAAAGUGACAGAAAACUUCAUGCUCAGUUUUGUUGGAUGUAAGGAAGUAUAAAAAUAAAAACCUCAGACGAAGACCAUGUCAAUCUGCGACUUUUGUAGCUCAGCUAUAAGAUCUUUAGAGAUCCUGCUGGAAUACCACCUGGGAUAAACACCCUGUAGUAUCAAGCUGAUGCAGCUUAACGCUUUGGUAAAAGACGUUUUUUGUUGUCAUAUAUCUUUGACGUUUUCGUUGAUCCGCUUAACGCCAUCAGAACACAAAGCUGUCUUGAACAAAGACAGAGAAAAAGAUAAUGUGCAAGAUAUUUCGGAUGUGAUCCUUCUGUUCGUAUACAC